ACAGUAUUAUCUAUGUGACAGUUUAUUGAAAGGAAAGUAGGUGAAAGGUUAUAAAUUAAAUUAUUAUAAAUUAAUACAAAAAAAUAAGUUUAUACCACUAAUUAUUGAUCAUAUUUCAAAAGUAACAUAGUUUUUUCUUACGAAAAAUUUAAUUUAUAAUGACUACUGCUGCUCGGCCGACAUUUGAACCAGCAAGAGGAGGUCAAGGAAGAGGUGAAAAAGACCUUAGUGCUAUAUCUAGACAAUACUCGAGCAGAGAUUUACCAGGUCACACCAAAUUAAAAUACAGAGAACAUGGCCAAGGAACAGUGGAAGAAACGCGCAGUCGAGACUUCCGUAGAGAAUUGGAGGAACGUGAAAGAGACUUGAAAAGGCCGAAAAAUGCUUCACAGUCUGAAUAUAGUAAGCGAUUAAAACUAGAUCAAGUGCCUGCUGCUAGUUUAGAUGCAGAUGAUCCUUUAGAUGAAGAGGAAUCAGACUCUUCUUCAGAUAGUGAUGAUGAUACUGAAGCAUUAUUGGCUGAAUUGAAUAAAAUCAAAAAAGAAAGGGCAAUGGAGCAAGCCAAGAAGGAAAUUGAAAGAAGGCAGGAAGAAGAAAGAAUAAGAAUGGAAAACAUAUUAAGUGGAAACCCUCUCUUAACUCAUUAUUCUGCAGGGGCAGCUAACAAAGAACAUAAAGUGAAACGUAGGUGGGAUGAUGAUGUUGUGUUUAAAAACUGUGCUAGAUCAGAACCAGAAAAGAAGACAAAUGUGUUCAUAAAUGACUCACUUCGUUCGGAAUUUCAUCGUAAAUUUAUGGAGAAAUAUGUUAAAUGAUUUAUAGACAGACUUUUUUUGUAUUUUAUUGUAUUAAUUUUAAUAUAACAAGUAAUUAGUUUCUGCAGUACAAUAUUGAUUGAUUAUUAUGUACAAUAUAGAGUUAUUACUAAGUUAAUUUCUUUGUCAUUAAAUUAAAUGUUAAACUUAAGAAAUAAACAAAUUUUAAUACCUAAA